AUGUCCCUCUAUUCGGGCAAGUUAUCGACCCGGAGUGAUUCAUGUCGCAAGCGUUGUGGUGAUUCCGUUAGUGAUAUGCUCACUGUUGAAUAUUCUCUUGGUUUUGGCGCUGAAGAAGAACACGAUGCCAAUGCAAAUGCUUCAAAGAUUCACAAGCACAGCAAACAUUACUUGAAGCUCGGAAUAAAACUGAAAGAAAGGUUUCAGGUCACAAUAAUGGUGACAGUGAUCAUUACGAGUUUUGUCAUCUGUAAUGCACCGGGAGCGAUUUUAUAUUUGCUAACUUUGAACCAUGUCAUUUCUAGAAAGGUAGGCAGACUGAGCUGUUUGUUCGUACACUGA